AUCCGCCGCGAUUUCGACGUGCUUUAUGAGCCGCCACCCGGGGACAUUGCCCCAUCCAUGCCGCCCGCCAUCCUCAGCAAGACCAACAGCCUGCACAAUGAUUACGUCACAACCCCAACGCGCCGAUCGGAGGGUGCGAGUACCAGCAAAGAUGACUAUGAAACGGUGACACCAAGGAGACCAGCCUCAGCUAUCUAUCCUGCUCUCAAAACUCAGACUCCCGAAAAGCUAUCGAUCGACAGGUUCCAGAUUAUUGAGAAGAAACCAGAUGUCGAGGCACAGCUCGAACGUCUCGUCAAAAGAUUCGGUCGCACCGCAGAUUGUUCCCAAUUUUUCUCGUCUGCUACGGUAGAAUACAUGACGACGAAUGUGAAGAGCGUCAAAGUAACGAUUGAGAAAGACCACACGUGGCCAACCGGUGGCUUGCGGAAAUUGACACAGACUGUGGAGACGGACAAGACGGUCGGGUUGUUCCUUGCCGAAACCUUGGCUGCGCUUCUGGAUGAGAGUCAGCUUGCUGAUGGAGUGCCAACGGAAGCAUACGGGUUGAAGGAAUACGGGCUCGACGAAUUUCUCCCCGAGCAAGAGCUGAUCGGCCAGAAUAUUUUUGUCGGAAAGUGUCUGCUGAUGGACAAGGACGUCAAGUUGGAGAUUGGUCGAAAAAUCCCAGCCGAUCGUCUGCCAACUGAUGAGCGCCCGUAUACCUAUGCCGAUGUUCGGGCAAACAAACGAACAUCAAAAAAGACAAUCAGGAUGAGCCUGGCAUCACCCACGAUUCUGGACAAAGAUGACGUGGAACAGAAGCUGGCCCAGCUGAAGGACAACAUGGAGGAUUUUGACAGCAAGGCUGGAGACGUUCACGCGUUGUCCGUGGCGAACUCGGCGAACGGGUCGUAUCGAGCCCGGUACGCUGCACAACACGCUACGGAGGUAUUUGACGGCCGAAAAGAACGACCGCGAAUCCGCGCGUCA